CGCCGGCGGGCGGGCGGGCGUGCUGAACGCCGGGUCACAACCUCACUCGCUCUCCGCUCGGGCUGCGGACUGCUGCUCCCGAGCUCCCUGCCGCCCCUUUUGUACUCGUUACGAGGGCGCCAACGGAAGGACGCGAGCUCCGAACCGGGCGCGAACUCCAGGAUACAAGCUCACCUACCAUGAAGGUGAAGAUUAAGUGUUGGAACGGCGUAGCCUCCUGGCUUUGGGUUGCCAAUGACGAGAAUUGUGGUAUUUGUCGAAUGGCUUUUAAUGGCUGCUGCCCAGACUGUAAAGUGCCUGGGGAUGACUGCCCCCUUGUGUGGGGACAGUGCUCACACUGUUUCCACAUGCACUGUAUUCUCAAGUGGCUUAAUUCUCAGCAAGUCCAGCAGCACUGUCCCAUGUGUCGACAAGAAUGGAAGUUCAAGGAGUGACUGAUACCUUCCGGGACACCUGCCCUCUACCAGUCGUGUGGUGAAGCACUCUGUAACCUUGGACUUAUAGAUCUCAAGCCACGAAAAGCGGUCAUUUUUACACUCCUGUAGGCCUUGAUCCUUUUAACAGGAACCUGAGACCACCCACAUAAUAGGAAGGACAUGGGGAACAAGGUGGGCACACAGUCCGCUUUCUUCAUCUGAUGUGUUUUAACCCUCUCUGCUAGUGGAUAGAAGCUGGUGUGGUUUGCAGGAUUAGGCUUCUUUGAUUGUAAGAGGACUGGACUUGAUUUUGUUUUUUUCCAUUGACAAUGUUGAAGCUUUUUAUCUUGAGAACUAAAAUUCAUUAAAUUAUCUGAGCCUUGCUAAAGGCCCCCAGGGCCCCCAGUUCUUCACUUGAUAGGUUUAUAAGCUUCUGAUGUGUCUCGAUAUGAAAAUACUCAUGAAUAAACAUUUCUGUGAAACACCA